ACUGCGACCGGUGGAGUCCUCCAAUCGGCGCUCGGCGGCAGGGGCCAUUUCCGUAGAGAGGAACGGCGGAGCGGCCUGUGUCCAUGGCGCUGUUCCCAGCCUUUGCGGGCGUUAGUGAGGCCCCCGAUGGUGGGGGUUCCAGGAAAGAAUUAGACUGGCUGAGUAACCCAAGUUUUUGUGUUGGAACUGUAACUACCCUGAGCCAACAAACUGAAGAGGCCACAGCUCUUGUUUCUGAAGGGUCAUCACCAACAAGGAGUCCUCUGAAAUCAGAGCCUUCAGAUGAAAGUGAUGCUAGCAGAAAGCUCACACAAAUAAUCAGGAGAAAGAAGAAGGAAAAAAAGAAAAAAAGGAAGCAUCAGCACCACAAGAAAACCAAGAGGAAGCACCGGCAGUCGAGCAGCAGCGAGUCUGAGCCAGAUUCUGAUUCAGGAAAGGACAGAUCUUCCAGGAGCAUCAGAAGCAGCCAGAAGCAAGCUGAGCAACCCAAUCAAGGAAAUAAUACUGCUGCUGAUGCUGGACUUCGCUCUGUCUGGCUUGAGGACAUUCAGUCUCUGACAGGAGAAACCUUCAGAACAGAUAAGAAACCCGAUCCUGCAAACUGGGAGUAUAAGUCUCUCUACCGAGGGGAUAUUGCAAGAUACAAGAGGAAAGGAGACUCCUGCCUGGGCAUUAACCCGAAGAAGCAGUGCAUAUCUUGGGAAGGGGCUUCCUCAACAAAGAAGCGUGCGCACAGGCACGUUGAACGCUAUUUUACGAAGAAGAGCGUGGGGUUGAUGAGCGUUGAUGGCGUUUCUGUUAGCAGUAGAACUGAUCCUCCCUCUGCAGAGCCGGUCUUGUUUAUCCCCGUGAAGGACUUGGAUGAUAUGGCUUCUCCUGUUACAACCUGGUUGAAUCCUUUGGGGAUUUAUGAUCGGUCAACCACACAGUGGUUACAAGGACAGGGUCCUUCAGAAGCAGAAUCAAAGCAGCCAGACUCACAGCUGGACAGAGAGAAUGCUCUUCUCAAGGCAAAGGUGGAGGAGUUUAAUAGGAAGGUUCGGGAGAACCCUCGGGAUAUUCAGCUGUGGAUGGCAUUUGUUGCUUUUCAGGAUGAGGUCAUGAGGAGUCCUGGCCUGUAUGCUAUGGAGGAAGGAGAACAGGAGAAGAGAAAGAAGUCCCUGAAGCUCAUCCUGGAGAAGAAGCUGGCCAUCUUGGAGCGGGCCAUUGAGAGCAACCAGAGCAGCAUCGAUCUCAAGCUCGCCAAGCUGAAGCUCUGUGCGGAGUUCUGGGAGCCUGCUGCGCUGGUCAAAGAGUGGCAGAAACUGGUCUUUUUACAUCCCAAUAACACGGUCCUUUGGCAGAAAUACCUUUUGUUUUGCCAGAGCCAGUUUAGCACUUUUUCAAUAUCAAAAAUUCACAGUCUUUAUGGAAAGUGCUUGAGCACUCUGUCUGCUGUUAAGGAUGGCAGCAUCUUAUCUCACCCUGCGCUGCCUGGCAUAGAAGAGGCCAUGUUUGCACUCCUUCUUCAGCAGUGCCACUUUCUGCGGCAGGCUGGCCACUCAGAGAAGGCCGUGUCUUUGUUCCAGGCCAUGGUUGACUUCACUUUCUUCAAACCUGACAGUGUGAAAGAUCUGCCUACCAAAUUACAGGUGGAAUUCUUUGAGCCCUUCUGGGACAGUGGAGAGCCACGGCCUGGGGAGAAAGGAGCGAGAGGCUGGCGAGCGUGGAUGCACCAGCAGGAGCGGGGUGGCUGGGUGGUCAUCAAUCCAGAUGAGGAUGAUGACGAGCCAGAAGAGGAUGACCAGGAGAUAAAAGAGAAGACUCUGCCCAGGUGGCAGAUCUGGCUUGCUGCUGAGCGUUCCCGAGAUCAAAGGCACUGGCGGCCCUGGCGCCCUGAUAAGACCAAGAAACAAACUGAGGAAGACUGUGAGGAUCCCGAGAGACAGGUGUUGUUUGAUGAUAUUGGACAAUCUCUGAUCAGGCUUUCCAGCCAAGAGCUUCAGUUCCAGUUGAUCGAGGCCUUUCUGCAGUUCUUGGGUGUGCCUUCUGGCUUUGUCCCUCCAGCCUCCUGCCUGUACCUGGCCAUGGAUGAGAGCAGCAUCUUUGAUAGUGGACUCUGUGAUGAAAAGCCCUUGACUUUUUUCAACCUUUCAUUUUCUGGCAUUAGCUGUGUUGGCUGCAUGGACCGGUUGGGCUCUCUCCGCUGGACCAGGGGUCACAAUCGAGAGGGCGAGGAGUUCAUUCGCAAUGUCUUCCACCUUGUGAUGCCUUUGUUUUCGGGCAAGCAAAAGUCUCAGCUCUGCUUCUCCUGGUUACGGUACGAGAUUGCAAAGGUCAUUUGGUGUCUGCACACUAAAAACAAGAAGAGAUUAAAGUCACAGGGGAAGAACUGCAAAAAAUUAGCCAAGAAUCUCCUUAAAGAGCCAGAAAACCGUAAUAAUUUUUGCCUCUGGAAGCAGUACGCACAUCUGGAGUGGUUGCUUGGCAACAUAGAGGAUGCCCGAAAAGUUUUUGAUACAGCCCUCAGUAUGGUGGGCAGCAGCGAGCUGAAGGACCGUGAACUUUGUGAACUCAGUCUCCUCUAUGCUGAGCUGGAGGUGGAGCUGUCACUGGACUCGUCAGGGGCCACCACGGCCCGAGCUAUUCACAUACUAACCCGACUGACAGAGAGCAGUCCCUACGGGCCCUUCACUGGGCAGGUCUUACCCACUAAUGUUUUGAAAGCUCGAAAGGCUUACGAGCAUGCGCUACAAGACUGUUUGGGUAAGAGCUGUGUCUCUGAUCCAACUCCUGCUGAUUCCUUGAACUGCCUGAGUAGCUUGGUCAAAUGCUUUAUGCUGUUCCAGUAUUUGACCGUAGGGAUUGAUGCUGCCGUGCAGAUAUAUGAACAGCUAUUUGCCAAACUGAAGGGUUCUGUUUUCUCAGAAGGCUCUGGCAUGGAGGAUGGUGCCAGCUCCCAGAAUCUGACCAGUGUUCUUGAAGCCAUCACGCUGAUGCACACAAGUCUGCUGAGGUUCCACAUGAAAGUUAAUGUUUACCCUUUGACUCCACUACGAGAGGCGCUCUCGGAGGCUUUGAGGCUGUAUCCCGGCAACCAGGUUCUUUGGAGGUCAUAUGUUCAGAUUCAGAAUAAGUCUCACAGUGCUAGCAAGACCAGAAAAUUCUUUGAUGCAAUGACCAGGUCUGCCAAACCCAUGGAGCCGUGGUUAUUUGCAAUUGAAGCUGAGAAAAUGAGGAAAAGACUGGUAGAAACUGUUCAGAGGGUGGGAGGUAGAGAGAUCCACGCCACCAUCCCAGAGGCCGGCUUAACACAUCGGAUCAGAGCCCUGUUUGAGAACGCAGUGCGGAGUGACCACGGCAGCCAGUGCCCCUUACUGUGGAGGAUGUAUUUGAAUUUUUUGGCUUCCUUAGGAAACAAAGACAGAAGCAAAGGUGUGUUCUACAAAGCACUUCAGAAUUGUCCCUGGGCAAAGGUGUUGUACAUGGACGCCGUGGAGUACUUCCCUGACGAGCUGCAGGAGGUGCUGGAUCUGAUGACUGAGAAGGAGCUGCGCGUGCGGCUGCCCCUGGAGGAGCUGGAGCUCCUGCUGGAGGACUAGGGUGCAGGCAGGGGAGCUGGGGAGCACAUGCGAGGAGCCUCUGUUUUGGAAGUGCUCUUCUUGGUCCUGUGUGUCGGGGUUGUCAGGCUUUCCCAUCUUACAAAGGUUUUGGAUGUGUGGACGACACAGAGCCGUUGCUUUACAUAUUACAUAUGUGAAUGUGUGCACCUGUGUACAGAGGCAAAAAAUCACCAGUGAUGACAAAACGUG